AUGCCCGACCACGUCCAUCUCAGGGCAGGGUUUAGCUGGGAAGCUCGUCGCGUUUCCGGCGCGCAUUUGUUUCUUCUUUUUCCGGGCAACUCCUUAAAUCCAUCAGGAAGUGAGCCGGGAUAAAUCGCGAACGAGGUUUUUAAUCCUGUUACCUUGGAGGAUAGGUCGGUGCAGAGAGGAAGAAAAGUGUGGCGGAGACAGAAGCAGCAACGGGGGAUUAAAAAUAUGUUAAAAAGAGAAGGCGGCGGGCAGCACAGCGGACGCCGGAGAGUGUUUUAGGGACGCGCAAAGUUUGGCAGUGACCUGGCGGGCGGCGACGGCGAACUCCUCCUCAAGUUUACUUCUGGGCGAAGAGGAUCUGCUGGACGAUGGGAUGUUGUGGUAGCAGCCAGGGACCAAAAAGAGAAUGGAAACCUUUAGAGGAGCGGAGCUGUACAGACAUUCCUUGGUUGCUAAUAUUUUUUCUUUUUUGCUCUGGAAUGCUUUGUAUCUGUGGCUUUUCCAUUGCCACAGGAGCUGCCGCAAGACUUGUUCAUGGUUAUGACAGUUAUGGAAAUAUAUGUGGACAAAAGAAUUCUCCAAUACCAGGACUCAGGAACAGUGGGAUGGACCUAACUAACAGAAAGUAUGUAUUUUUCUUGGACCCCUGCAACAUUGAUUUAGUUCAUAGAAAGAUCAAAUCUAUUGCAUUGUGUGUAUCAAAAUGCCCCAGCAUCCGCUUAGAUACUUUAGCAGAAGUUCAGAAAUUUGCCGAAGUAAAUGGGUCAGCACUUUGUAGUUAUGAAAUUGAUGUUUCCAAAUACACCACUGACCCAUCAUCUGCUACUUUGUGUCCAAAACUUCCUGUACCUGAAAGUAAAUCAAUCCCUUUGUUUCAUCGAUGCACACCCGUUGAUGUUUCUUGCUAUGCAAAGUUUGCUGAAGCACUCAUCACCUUUGUCAGUGACAACAGUGUUUUGCACAGACUUAUCAGUGGUGUUAUGACCAGCAAAGAAAUAAUAAUGGGACUCUGCCUGUUGUCUUUAGUGCUAUCCAUGAUAUUGAUGGUCAUCAUACGAUACAUUUCUGCUGUACUUGUUUGGAUCCUGACAGCUUUAGUUGUUCUUGGAUCAAUUGGUGGUACUGGUGUCCUUUGGUGGUUGUAUGUGGAUCACAGAAAGUCAUUUAAUGAGACACUUCCAGCAGAUCAGCUGGAAAUUUCUACAGAUAAUAUUCAGGCUCUGCUAGUUUAUGCUGUUGCUGCUACAGUUUUUACGGUGAUUCUGUUGCUGUUGAUGUUGGUAAUGCGGAAGAGAGUGGCUCUUACUAUUGCUCUGUUUCAUGUGGCUGGGAAAGUUUUCAUUCACCUUCCUCUACUGGUCUUCCAGCCAUUUUGGACAUUUUUGGCGUUAAUGAUGUUCUGGAUGUACUGGGUUAUGGUUUUACUCCUAUUGGGUACUACAGGCAAUCCUACUCCCAAUGACCAAGGUUUUGUGGAAUUUAAAAUGUCAGGACCUUUGCAGUAUAUGACCUGGUACCAUUUAGUUGGCUUGAUCUGGAUCAGUGAAUUCAUUUUAGCCUGUCAGCAAAUGACUAUUGCUGGUGCAGUUGUAACAUAUUAUUUUACAAGAGAUAAAUCUAAACUUCCUUUCACUCCUAUUAUUACAUCAGUAGUUCGCCUUCUGCGUUAUCACAUUGGUACGGUGGCAAAAGGAUCAUUCAUAAUUACGCUAGUCAAAAUUCCACGUUUAAUUCUAAUGUAUAUUCAUAGCCAGCUCAAGGGAAAAGAAAAUGCCUGUGCCCGAUGCAUGCUAAAAGCUUGUAUCUGCUGCUUAUGGUGCCUAGAGAAGUGCCUAAGUUACUUAAAUCAGAAUGCCUAUACUGCAACAGCAAUCAAUAGUACAAGUUUCUGCACUUCUGCAAAGGAUGCAUUUGUCAUUCUGGUGGAGAAUGCAUUGAGAGUUGCAGCUAUCAAUACAAUUGGAGAUUUUGUCCUUUUUCUUGGAAAGAUUUUGAUUGUGUGCUGCACAGCUUUUGCAGGCGUUCUGGCUCUUAAUCACCAAAGGGAUUACACUGUUUGGGUUCUUCCUCUUAUCAUUGUGUGCCUCUUUGCUUUUUUGGUUGCCCACUGUUUCCUCUCCAUUUUUGAAAUGGUUGUAGAUGUUCUGUUCCUUUGCUUUGCUAUUGAUACGAAAUACAAUGAUGGAAGUCCUGGGAGGGAAUACUAUAUGGAUAAAGCACUCAUGGAAUUUGUGGAAAGCAGCAGAAAAGCAAUGGGCAGAGAUAAGGAAAGGCCAGACUCUUCAGAGCUACGGCCGAUGGCCAGAGGAGCAAGUUCAGCUUGACAAAAACACUCCAUGGACCAUUUAUACAUUCCAAUUUUGUUUUCCUACUUCUAAUUUUCUUUUUUCCUUUUUUUGUUUUUUUGUUUAACAAAUGUGUAAAGUGUUUACUAUGCGUUCACUUCCAGGGAUUACAAUAUGUUAACUAUGGACAAACAGACUAAAAUAAUGUAGCACUUUAUAUUACAGCUGUGCAUAUUUCACUGCUGGUAAAUAUUUUUCUAGAAUUUAAAACAUAACUGCAUGUAGUGAUGCCACCAAAUGCUUUAUUGAUGAGCUUGAAACUUUUGAAUUAUAAGAAUCACUUUGCAAAUUAUAACGUGUAAUUUAACAUAUCAUAGCCAUUGCUGUUUUUCCUUCCAAUGAAUGCCAAAAGAUAAAAAAGCAAUCUUUUUCCAUUACCACAUAUUAUUGCAGUCACUUUUGUAUAAAGGUUUUUGUAAAUGAAAGAGACUUUCAGUAACAUCCAUGAUCAUAUUUGUUCCAUUUCUGAUUGAAUAAUUUGGUAACUAUAAAUUAUACAGUAUGUUUUUUCAGAUGUGCUCUAUACAUGUCUUUAAACCCUGAGGAAUAUCUGUGUCAUUCACUUCCAAAAACAUUAUUUUAUUGGCAGUAGUAUUAUGGGACAUCUGAUGUUUGAGGACAAGUUAACAUUUAUUGAUUACCCUUCAAAAGGCAACAGUCUGUCCUGUGACAAAAAAUACUUAAAGCAUUUGUUAUGGAAUAAGCAAUAACAAAGUUUCUAAAUAUGUUAUUUUCUAAGAAAGGCAUAAUGUAUUCAAUAUAACAUUGUUCAGCACAGCCGAAGAAAUAUGUUUUAAAGCACCAUAAGGAAGAACUUUCAUACUGUAAGAAUAUAAACAGUUUCAUUAGAAUUGUGCUUUCAGAUAAACUAGAUAAUUUUAUUGAAUGAAAAUGUUGUUGUGCUUCAAGAAUUAGAAGUAAGCAUUUGUGCUUGAUACAGUUGUAAAAAUAUAUAAUAUGUGUGUGUGAGGCAGGUGCUCUACCACAAAAUACUCUUAUGUACUGCUUUGUUUAUAUGUUUAAGCCACAAUCAAGCAGUGUUUUAUAUUCUAGAAAAACUGUUCCAACUGUAAAAAUAAAAUCAAAAGUUAGAAAGGAACUGACACCUAAGGCCUCCAUAUCUUAAAGGUACAUCCCACCAUUUAACAAAACAAUGGGUAAAAUCACUUAAACUCAAUACAUCUGUUCAUAUUCCUAGGCUACAUUCCUCUUGAUGUACAAACCACCUUCAUAUUUUCAUAGCCGGUUAGCAACUGAUGAAACAGAAACUUUCUUUUGAAAAAAACUGCACUCUGAGGAAGUAAUAGGAGUGUAGUCAGAUUCACAGUUUCUACUCAUAUAUUCUUUUGUCCUUUACCCAUAGUUUUAAUUCAGUUCUGGUUGGAGAUACCAAAGUUCAAAUUAAACAAAACAAAAAAAAAACUAUUUUGAAAUGUGCACAAAGAGCAUGUGCUAGACAAUGAUCCAUGAAGGGUAAAGGCCUGCAUGUUCCAUGUACUGUAUAUAUGUACUGCUUUGAACUGUUGUUUAAUGCAGAAUAUAGUAAGGUUACUGAUAACACAGUCUGAAAAAGUUUUAUUGAAGCUGUGCUUCCUACAGUUGGCAUUUUAAUUAAUACGUCUUUUUUUUUUUUUUCUUUCGUCAUGGUGGAGAAAUAGGAAAUGAGUACAUUUGAUAGGUUUAGAGUUCAUUAUUGUUGCCACCACCCAGCCUUCACCCCAGAAUAAGCAUGGCCUCACUUUUCAAAGAAAUUUUUGCAGUGAAAAAAUCUGUUAACUUGUCCUCAUUUCACAAGGUGUUUUUGCCAUUUGGUUUUAUAAUCAGAUUUCUCGUCAGCAUUUAAAAAUAUGCCUUAAUCGGUUAGCUGAAUGUGAAUCAAGUACACUUGGCAGUGAAUCGGCAGCCACGAGUUAAGAUUUUUGAAAUGAGAGUACAUGCCGUGUACAGUAUGUUUGCCUUAAAAGCUUAAAAUAUAUAGUUGGGUGUUUCUCUGUAUAUACAUGAUAACUAUAGUGUAUAUGUAAUAUACACAAUAUAUUGUGUACAUUUAGUACAUUUUCAAGAGAUGUACAUUUGUUUCAUUACAAUUUAUAAACUGUUUCCAUCAAACUGGUAAUUUUUUUCCACAAACUAAAAUACUCCAGUGCUUUAAACACAUAACAGUACAUUGAAAGCAUAUGCUGAUUGAGAGAGCUUCCUGCAAUACCAAAUAUGGGUUGCUUCAGUACUGACAUUUUAACAUUAGCUCUGUCAAUAAUUUACUGUUUAUAAACUAUUGCAAUAAGGUUUUUUAUAAAUCAACUUCUAAUGCAAAUGUGAAAUGUUAAUUCUGUAAUUAUAAAGUUGCUUUGUGUUUCAUUUUUUAAGUCAAAUUGUUCUGUUGUAAAAGAAUAUUCUUGUUUGCAGCAGAUGAUGUUGAACACUGGCCAGUUGUUUUCCUUUCUCAGUAUGUAAGCUAAUUAGCAAUAUCUCCAUGCAAACCACCUUCAGAAGAGUUUGCUGCUGGUACAAUGUAGGCCCAAAUAUUUCAUUUUGUUUUUUCUUUGGAGAAGAAUAAGUGUUUUUUUGGAAUUUUAUUUUUUUCUUUUGUAUUACAAAUAAGUUACAGUUCUGUGGUGGGUUGGCACCCUGCCCGGGAUUGGUUCCUGCCUUGUGCCCUGUGUUGGCUGGGAUUGGCUCCAGCAGACCCCCGUGACCCUGUGUUCGGAUUCAGCGGGUUGGAUAAUGGAUGGAUGGAUGGAUAAGUUACAGUUGUAGAGAGGCUCAUUUAUUCAAAAUGUGUAUUCCUGCCUGUUAUAGUUACACUUCUGCAGAAACAAUGUACAAUUACAUCAGAUAUUUAAAUCCAUGCACUGAUUAAAUUUUUCCAAAAAAUAGCCUUUAAUUCCAACUACUUUUUUUUUUUUUUUUUUUUUAAAUAAAGAAUAUACUGCUCAAAACCAUUGAAAAUAUUUUUGAAUUGCCAACUGGUUUGUAGAUCAGUCCGUCUGAAUACCUUAUUUAUUGUGAAAUGUCUGCAGAUGUGUUCAUUUUAAGGAAACAGAAAAUAUGCAUUUGUUCCUUUAUGUUCAAAAGGAGUCAUGUGUAUUAGAAAAUAAAUAUUGUUUUGUUGUAAACCAAUUGCUGUAGAUGUACAAAAUAGAGAUCUUGCUUUUUGGAUGUGGUUUUAAAACUAAAAGUUAGCUCUGAAUUGUUUUAUAUGAAGGGAGAUAUUUUUUACAUGAAUUCUUAAACUUGCCUUUUUUCACAAUAAAGACAGAUUUUGUUCUA